ACGGUGUAGCUUCGGGGGAGGCACUGGCAGCCAAGGCGCGGGGGAGCUGGGCAGAGUCGGUGGUGAACCAUGGCGGCGGCAGUGGCGGCAGCGGCAGCAAUGCGGUCCCGGAUCCUGCAGGUUUCUUCUAAAGUAAACUCUACAUGGUAUCCAGCAUCCUCCUUCUCUUCGUCAUCAGUGCCAACUGUAAAGCUCUUCAUUGAUGGGAAAUUUGUUGAAUCCAAAAGUGACAAAUGGAUUGAUAUCCACAACCCAGCCACCAAUGAGGUUGUUGGUCGGGUUCCUCAGUCCACCAAAGCUGAAAUGGAUGCAGCUGUCGCUGCCUGCAAACGUGCUUUCCCUGCAUGGGCAGACACAUCUAUUUUAAGCCGGCAGCAGGUCCUGCUUCGUUAUCAGCAACUCAUUAAAGAAAACCUGAAAGAAAUUGCCAGGUUAAUUACAUUGGAACAAGGGAAGACUCUUGCUGAUGCUGAAGGAGAUGUAUUCCGAGGCCUUCGUAAGCUGGGAGCCCCUCAUUGGACUUGUAGGAGAGAUCAAAAGGAUAUGGGAGUCAGACCCCACUGGGGAGAGGUGGUCGAGCAUGCCUGUAGUGUGACAUCCCUCAUGCUAGGCGAGACCAUGCCAUCUAUCACCAAAGACAUGGACCUGUAUUCCUACCGCCUGCCUCUAGGGGUAUGUGCAGGCAUUGCACCAUUUAAUUUUCCUGCCAUGAUCCCCCUUUGGAUGUUUCCCAUGGCUAUGGUUUGCGGAAAUACUUUCCUAAUGAAACCAUCAGAGCGAGUACCUGGGGCAACUAUGCUUCUUGCUAAGUUGCUUCAGGAUUCUGGUGCCCCUGAUGGAACCCUAAAUAUCAUCCAUGGACAACAUGAAGCUGUAAAUUUUAUUUGCGAUCAUCCAGACAUCAAGGCAAUCAGCUUUGUGGGAUCCAACCAGGCAGGAGAGUACAUCUUCGAAAGAGGGUCAAGAAACGGCAAGAGGGUUCAAGCCAAUAUGGGAGCCAAAAACCAUGGAGUAGUUAUGCCAGAUGCCAAUAAGGAAAAUACCCUCAACCAGCUGGUUGGGGCAGCAUUUGGAGCUGCUGGGCAGCGCUGCAUGGCUCUUUCAACAGCCAUCCUCGUAGGAGAAGCUAAAAAGUGGCUGCCAGAACUAGUAGAGCGGACCAAAAAUCUGCGAGUCAAUGCAGGAGACCAGCCUGGAGCUGAUCUUGGCCCCCUCAUCAGCCCCCAGGCCAAAGAAAGAGUCUGCAAUCUGAUCGAUAGCGGAACAAAAGAGGGAGCUUCCAUCCUUCUGGAUGGACGAAAAAUUAAAGUCAAGGGCUAUGAAAAUGGUAACUUUGUCGGACCAACCAUCAUCUCCAAUGUUAAGCCAAGUAUGACUUGUUACAAAGAGGAGAUUUUUGGUCCAGUUCUUGUGGUUUUGGAGACAGAAACACUGGACGAAGCCAUUAAGAUUGUAAAUGACAACCCAUAUGGAAAUGGAACUGCCAUCUUUACCACCAACGGAGCCACAGCUCGGAAGUAUGCUCACAUGGUGGACGUGGGACAGGUGGGCGUGAAUGUCCCCAUUCCAGUGCCUUUGCCCAUGUUCUCCUUCACCGGCUCGCGAUCUUCCUUCAGGGGAGACACCAAUUUCUAUGGCAAACAGGGCAUCCAGUUCUAUACUCAGUUAAAGACUAUCACAUCUCAGUGGAAAGAGGAAGACGCCACUCUUUCCUCCCCUGCUGUCGUCAUGCCUACCAUGGGGCGUUAGAAACAAGUUCUCCAAGACGCAAUCCAGCCUGAGUAAUUCCCAUCGUUCCUGGCAACCUUCAUGUGCCAUCUUUACUCAAAACAGAUCCAUGAGAAUGGAAUAUAUUGCAACUAAAUUCUUUCUCAGAUUCCCAGUCCCUUCAAAUGUGUAGGAAGUGCAGGAUAACACUAAUACUUCAUUGUUCUCCAUGUAUCUUCGCAGUUCUUGAGGUAACUGUUGUUGAGUGUGAAGUGUUUGCCUAGAAUGAGAGCUUAGAACUGUCUUCUCACAAUUCUUUCUGAUGAUUUGGAGGAGAAUGUUAAGGUAGGGACAGAUCUUCCAAUCACUGAAAUAAUUCACCCUCUGAUUGAGCCUCAAAUACAGUCCUCCAUUGGUCCCCACACUAUCUAACUUGUAACCUAGUUUUACGUAUCCCAGCAUUGUGACGACUGCUCUCUGCUCAACACCACUUUCUUCUGUGUGAUUUAUGGCCACUAUUUAAUUCUAUCGUUGUCCAUGUUCUUGCUUCUUAAAAUACCUCAGAAUGAAGUGAUAAGCUAGCUUUUUGUUACAUGUGCCAUUCUUCAUGGUUUGCCUCAACAAUCAUUAAAUCAAUACUCUAGCAUUAAUUCAAAUGCAAAUAGAUCCAUAGACAAAAUAUUUUCACAAAUGAUUUUUGUCCCAGAAAUCAAAGGACCUCCAAUAAUGAAAGUGGAUAGACUCUUGCCUUAAGUAGGCUUUACCUACUAUUUGCCAAAUUUUGUUAUUCUUUCUUUUGGCAGCAUUUCUCACUAGUUGAUACUUUUUAAUGAAAAGAACUCAUGUAGAAUAAUUGAUUAGGCUACUAGAAACAUCAGUUUCAUGCUUUGACAGUAUCCAGUCACCUUAUUCAACUUAACCAGUUAUUCAGAUGCCUUUAAGCUUGCUUCUCUGAUAAUCUAAACCUUAAAUCAGAAGAGACUGAUGUGCUAAACAGAAUAGUUUGUCUGUCUGACCUGUCUGAAGCCUGACUUUCUGAACUAGACGGCUAUAGGCUCUGCUUAAUCUUUAUACUUAGAGAGAUGUGGCACUGGUCACUCUUGUCCUCUGUUCUGUUCAGCCAUGUGUGGGCAGUGCUACGACAGUCCAUUGUGGGUUUGGUGAGUUAAAAUAAAGGUGGUGAAAACCCUGACAUUCCCCACUCUUUGGAUAUAAGAUUAUUAGAGUAACCAGCUCUGGCGGAGUUCAGAGCUUCAGUCAUGUUAACAAACACAACUCUGGUUCUCUUUUGUUUUCCAUCCUAAAGCUAAGCAGACAUUUAUACUUUGUCACUGCAAUGCCCUUUGUUUUCUAAUGAAACACACUUCAUGUUAAUUUAAUCUAACAAUUUUGGGCUGGGUUGAAAAGUGGUUAUUAUCUAAAUUCCAAAUAGAAUUUAAUCACAGACUCCCAAUAUUUUCCUUAGAUAUAAAAGAAGUUACUUUUAAAAAAUUACAACUAGCUGGGCAGUGGUGGCGCAUGCCUUUAUUCCCAGCACUUGGAAGGCAGAGGCAGGCGGAUUUCUGAGUUUGAGGCCAGUCUGGUAUACAGAGUAAGUUCCAGGACAGCCAGGGCUAUACAGAGAGACCAUGUCUCAAAAAACAGAACAAAAACAAAAAAGAAAAAAAAUUACAACAAAUCAGAAUGCAUUACUUCUAAUUAUAAUCAACAGAUUUGACCAGCUACUUGUGCUCAAAAGAGUUUCUUGUUUCUUAGAUGAAAUUUAUACUUGGUUAUAUUCGGGUUAAUAUCACUAGAACAGGAAACCAGCAUUUUUCCUUUUUGUUCUUAUAUGGCCUCAUUGAAUUUUCUGAUCUUCUAUACUGAUCAUGAAUAACAAACUAUAAAUAAAGAAGUCUUAAGGGGGAAAAAUA